AUAUAAAUUCAAAAAAGAAAUAUUGGCUAAUUUGCAAGGCAUCCCGCGUAACAAACAAGCACCGAUAAUAAAAAGGCACUUCAAGAACAAACCUCCACUCAACUCUAUCGCUACCACCCACCGCCUUCUCCAAAAAACAAAAUUGCUCGAUCUUAGGGAUCUGAAAAUUCGCCAUGAAUCGCCACAACGAUCCCAAUCCGUUCGAUGAAGAAGAGGUCAAUCCAUUCUCGAAAGGUGGUGGUGCUCCUGGAUCAAAGUUUCGAAUCCCGCAAAUGGUAUCAGACACUCUUGGCUUUGGACAGAAGCAUGAUGCUACAGUGGAUAUCCCACUGGAUACGAUGAAUGAUCCGAAGAAGAAGGAGAGAGAGCUUGCUGCCUGGGAAGCUGAACUUAAUCGGAAAGAAAAGGAAAUCAAAAAGAGGGAAGAAGCUGUUUCUAAAGCUGGUGUCCCUGCUGAUGAUAGAAACUGGCCUCCAUUUUUCCCCAUUAUUCAUCAUGAUAUAGCUAAUGAAAUCCCAGUACAUGCUCAGAAGUUGCAGUACUUGGCUUUUGCUAGUUGGCUAGGUAUUGUUUUGUGCUUGUUCUUCAAUGUUAUUGCAAUAACUGUCUGCUGGAUUAGAGGCGGGGGAGUCAAAAUUUUUUUCCUUGCUGUUAUAUACGCGAUACUUGGAAUUCCUCUUUCCUAUGUGCUAUGGUACAGGCCUCUAUACCGAGCUAUGAGGACAGAUAGUGCCUUGAAAUUUGGUUGGUUCUUCAUGUUUUACUUGCUACAUAUUGCAUUUUGCAUUUUUGCUGCCAUUGCGCCUCCUGUUGUGUUUCACGGACAGUCAUUGACGGGUAUCUUAGCAGCAAUCGACGUCUUCUCUGAUCAUGUCUUGGUUGGGAUAUUUUACCUUAUUGGUUUUGGCUUUUUUUGCUUGGAAUCACUUCUUAGUUUGUGGGUCCUUCAGAAAAUCUAUUUGUAUUUUAGGGGAAACAAAUGAGUGAAGAGAGAUCAUCAAGCAACGUUUGCGAUGUUGCAGCGGAAAAAUCUUUGGUUUGUCAUUUCUUGUGAUGGGGGGUUUAUAGGGUAGUAUGGUUAUUGUAUUUUAGGAUGUUGAUUUUUUUAUUUUAAUGAGCCAAGAGAGAGAUGUGGAUUCUAAAAUUGAUGAUUGAUAUUAUUGAUGUGAUAUAAAUAUAUAAUUUUGUGCGAAAA